AUGUUAACAAGUGCGAUUUUAGAGCAUCUAGUUAGAUCGUCCGGGCCUAUUAUCCAUAAAAGUGGCGCUCGUGUCAGAAGAUUUUCGAGUUCUGGUGAUAAGUUCAGGAAAUUCAAUGAAGGGACUGUAGAAAGGCUACCGUUUGGCCAAAACUACUUUGAAUGGGUAGAAGCUGACUAUCUGGAUGCUCCCCUAGACAUUCACACAAAAACCGCCGCUGAGUCCCCUUUACUCUCCCGCAAUAAUGUAGGAAUGGGAUUUUUGGUGUUAAACAGCAAAUAUUCCGGGAUAUCGCAAAUAAAUGGGCUAUACAGGAGACUAGCCGACCUGGAGACAAACGUCUACAAGAGAUUUGUUCUCGUUACAAGUAUGACCAGGAAAACGUUUAGUCUCGGAUUGAAUCCUUCAGAAAUUUUCAUGUUUCUAGGAUCAAUGCAGAAGUUGUUAGCCAAAAACACAACCACUCUCUAUGAACCAGUUGUAAAUGCGUUGAGAAACUACCUUUAUAACUUAGCUGACUUAUCAUAUCUUAUAUUCAGCUACAAAAAACCGCUAUUAGUUUAUGCUAACGGGUCAACUGCUGGAUAUGGAAUGUGUUUGGCUUCACUUUCAAACAUGAGUGCUUGCUACCAUCAUAGCAAAUUCAGAUAUAGUGGAUAUAAUUUUGGGAUGCCUCCACUUGGCGGUUUAUCAUAUGUUCUUGGUCGUCUAGAUGGUUGCAUUGGUGAAUACUUGGCGUUGACAGGAGAAGAAAUUUCAGGAACUGAUCUGAUUUAUUCUGGGUUAAUCGAAAGAUUCAUAUCUCCUGAUGCAAUAAAGGUGUUGCAAAUAACCUCAGAUAGACUAAUGGACCUGCCGGAAAGGGAGACGUAUCUCCAUUUACGAGAACACUUUCUUCCUGUAAAGAAUAGUUACUCACUACAUCGCUAUGAACCUCUUAUUAUGGAGCAUUUCAGUAAAAGUUCAAUCGAGGAAAUUAAAGAGAGUCUGUCUGCUGGUGCAGACAAAUCUAUUACUAAAAGUUGCAAUCUGGCGGAGGGUCAAGUUAAAGAUUGGGAAAAUAAAACCCUUGAAUCAAUAAAAAAAAAUACUGACAAAUAUGCAAAUGUAAGCCUUAGCAUCUUUGUAUUUAUUUUUCUGCAGGGAACUCUCAAACUAAUUAAAAGAGUGAAAAGAAACACUUCAUAUCUACUGGAAAAAUAUGCACGUCAUAUCCAUGCACCACUAGAUACACCUCCAGAUUAUGGCUUAGAUAUGAGACACGCGCUGGAAAAACCGCUUCACGAUGCAAUUAUGGAGGAAGUGUUAACAGAUGCAAUAAAUGAAGAAAUUGAUGCGUUCUGCGAUAUCACUUCAAAAAUAUUGGGGAAAAAUAUACACUUGAAAACAAGUAAUAAAUGGCAACCAUUUGAAAGGUCUGGCUUUGCGAUUUCAUCUGUACCUGGUCUAAAAAAAUUGCAUCCAGAUUAUAACCCCAAAACUGGUUGCGAAUAUGAUAAAAAAAUGAUGGAAAGACAGGUAGAAAGAUGGAGUGAUACUUUCCUUCAAAAGGAACUGCUAAUGAUGAAGAGAAUAAUAGAAACUUAUAGUAAUUAA